AUGCGUAUAGAGGAAUUGAAGAGAGAACAAGAACAACUGGAGUUGAGACUGCAUCAACUAAACGAAUCACUUUCAGAGGGUGAUGUACAACUUUCUUACCAUCGUCGUGAGAUUACCCGCUUGAGAGAGGAUAAGAUUGUAGUUGAAGGAGCUCCUGUACUAUCUGCUGCAAAUGCCAAGACUUUAGAUACAUUACGAGUUUCUUUUAAGAGACUACGUAACGGCUUCAAGGACUUGUCUUGGGAGUAG